UUGGCCCCACGUCCCCGCGCGUCUCACCCCGGGACUCCUGUGUCGCAGGCUGUUCUAGCCUCUCCUCUUUCUAAGCCCCAGAGUUAUCCCGGCAAAGUUCGUCUAGGACUUGCAGACCAGGGCCUGGGGUUGGCGAGUCCUAGCCCGCCUUCUCGCUCGCGAUUGGCUGGAGGCUCUCCUGAGUGAGUGUCCGCGGACUGCGCACCGGCGCGAGUGUCAACACAGCACACGCUUUAUCCUCCGGUCCCCACUCUUCGCAACGCCGCGGUCGCGUGGGCUGCCCGUUUCGCGGGAGCAGGGAUGCGGGCUCUGGAGGUGCGCCCAGCCCUGCCGUUCCUGGUCGGAAUUGGCUUUUUUGUACUGGAAGCCGCUGCGGGACCCCACACCCUGCAGUAUACCCUCACUGUGGGCUCCCAGGACACAUAUGUGCAAUCCAGAUUUUAUGGUGAAGUAUUUUUGAACGGUCAGCACUUCCUGCACUAUGACAGUGAGAACGACAGGGCAGAGCCCGGGGAAACGUGUGCAGAAGCCGUCCUGGGAGCAGAGACCAGGAAUGCAGAAAGCAAGCUCGUCAAAGAGAAGGGGCAGGACCUCAGGACCACUGUGGCACGCAUUGACAACCUGCAUAAAAGAGGCCUGCAUUCCUUCCAGGAGACCUGGGGCUGUGAGAUCCAAGAAGACGGCAGCACCAGGGGCUUCAGGGACUUCCGCUAUGAUGGGGAGCCCCUGCUCUCCUAUGACCUGAAGACUCAGCAAUGGACAGUGCCCCGGCGCUCAGCUCAGGCUCUGGCUGUGAGUCUCCAGAGGUCCUUGGAUGAAGAUGCCGCAGAAGCCCGGAAGCACUACGACUAUGUGCAGAGAGACUGCGUGAAAAACCUGGAGCAGUAUCUGCGUUCCUGCAUGGACUUCCAGAAACCAGGUACUGACCCUGGGCAGGGGCCUGUCCUCCAUUACACUGGAGUCUCAUCACCCCAAACACUGGCCAAAGGUACCUUCCCCAUGCUGACAGUGGUGAAGGGAAAUCCUCUCAGUGAGCAGAACUUGGAGCAGAAGCAGAAGCAAAAGAAGCAUAAGAAGUCGAAUGAGAAGCAAAAGAAGCUGAAGCAGAAGAAGCAAAAGAGGAAGAAACAGAAGCAGAAGCAGAAGCAGUACCAGAAGAAGCAGAGCCAGAAGCAGAAGUAG